AUGCCGUCGGCUCAGAUCAACCAGCCGUCAAACCAGAUCAAACUUACAAAUGUCUCUCUUGUCCGCAUGAAGAAGGGCAAGAAGCGGUUCGAAGUCGCAUGUUACAAGAACAAAGUCCUCGAAUGGCGUUCUGGUGUCGAGACCGAUCUUGACAAUGUUCUCCAAAUCCCGAACGUCUUUCUCAACGUCUCCAAAGGCCAGGCUGCUCCCUCAGCAGACUUGCAAAAGGCCUUUGGCAAGGUGCCCUUGAACGACAUCAUCCUGGAAAUUUUGAACAAGGGCGAAUUGCAGGUCGGCGAGAAGGAGCGACACGCCCAGCUGGAAAGAGUCCAUGCCGAGGUCAUUGACAUCGUCGCUGGCAAGCUGGUAGAUCCCAAGAGCAAGCGCGUCUACACUACUGGCAUGAUUGAGAAAGCGCUCGACCAACUCAGCAGUCAAAGCGGCAAGGACACAACCACACCUAACGCGAGCGGCACCGCAACCCCUGUAGAAGGCGAGAGUCAUGCCGAACACAAGUCAAAGCCCAUGUGGACUGGCGUCGUGACUACUCGCGAUGCCAAAUCCCAAGCACUGAAUGCCAUGAAGGCUUUGAUCGCACAUCAACCCAUUCCUGUUGCCCGCGCAAGAAUGAGACUGAGAAUUACUUGCCCCACUUCGGUGCUGAAACAGGCAGUCAAGAGUGCACCUAAAACUGGGGAUGAGGCCGAGGGCGAGGCACAGGCAAAGGGCACUGUCAAAGACAGAAUACUAGGCUACAUCGAGCAAGUCGAAAGUCAGGACAUGAUGGGUGAAGAAUGGGAAGUCGUUGGUUUCGUGGAACCAGGCAGCUUCAAACCUUUGAGCGAGUUUGUCAGCGGGCAGACCAAGGGCAGAGCCAGAGCUGAGGUUUUGGACAUGGCUGUCAUGAACGAGGGCGACUAA